AUGGCCUCCUCCCUCCCCAAAACCUACAAGGCCGUCGUCUUUGAGCAAAAAGGCGCGCCCGUCGUCUUCAAGGACGUCCCGCUGCGCGAGCCGGGCCCCAACCAGGUGCUCGUCAAGGUCCUGGCGUGCGGCGUCUGCCACACGGACCUCGCCGAGCACGCGGGCUCGCUCGGCAACGUCUUUCCCCGCGUCCCCGGCCACGAGAUUGUGGGUGAUGUGGUGGCGGUGGGCAGUGGCGUCACGCGGUUUAAGGGGGGCGAGAGGGUCGGUGGGCCGUGGCAUGGUGGCCACGACGCCACCUGCCGCCCCUGCGCCCGCGGCCAGUUCCAAAUGUGCGACGCCAAGGCCAUCAACGGCGUGACGCUCGACGGCGGGUACGCCGAGUACGUGACCCUGCGGGCCGAGGCCGUCGUGCGCGUGCCCAACGACGCCGACCCCGCCGAGACCGCCCCCUUGCUGUGCGCGGGCGUCACCGUGUUCAACUCCCUGCGCAAGCUGCGCGUCGAGCAGGGCAACGUCGUCGCGGUGCAGGGCCUCGGGGGGCUCGGCCACCUCGCCAUCCAGUUCGCGAGCAAGAUGGGCUACCGCACAGUCGCGCUCAGCUCCGGCGACACGAAGCGCGGCUUCGCGGCCCAGCUCGGCGCGCACGCCUACGUGGACACGUCGAAGGAGGACCCCGUCAAGGCGCUGCAGGCGCUUGGCGGUGCCGCGGUCGUCAUUGCGACGGCGCCGAACCCGAAGGCGAUGGGCCCGCUGGUCGCGGGGCUGCAGGCGGGUGGGAAACUGCUGGUGCUGGCGCCGGUGGGGCCGGUCGAGUUUAAUACCCAGAUGAUGGUUAGUAAGGGCCUUUCGGUCCACGGGUGGCCGAGCGGGCAUGCGCUGGAUGCGGAGGAGGCGAUUGCGUUUGCGAAGGACUAUGGGAUCAAGUGUCUUGUCCAGAAGUACCCGCUCGCGAAGGUGCAGGAGGCGAUGCAGGCGUGUGAGGAUGGGAGUGUGCGGUUUAGGGGUGUGCUGCUUCCGUAG